AUGGCAUGCACCUCCCGCACGCACCUUCCCACAUUGCUCUUCUCACGUCGUUUCCUCUCUACGACCUGCAUACGACAGUCCGGACAUAGCAAAUGGUCUAAAAUCAAGCACGGAAAAGCAAUACAAGAUGCGCAGAAAGCGAAUUUGUAUAACCGGAUGGCGAGCGAGAUUGUCAUCGCUGCGAGGAAGGGCGGUUCCCCCGAUCCCGCACUGAACGUCUCGCUCCAGCUCAUCUUGGCCAAGGCAAAGAGAUUAGGUGUACCUAGGGAUAACAUCGAGUCUGCAUUAAAACGCGCGGCGGGCUCGGACUCGAAGGACGCGAUGCAAGAAGUGACCUAUGAGGUAUUGGGCCCAGGAGGGGUCCCGUGCAUAAUAGAUUGCAUCACGGACAACCCGACACGGACCAUCAUGCGAGUGAAGGAGCAAUUAAAUAAGUUCGGUGGACGCUUGGCAGAUGUGAAAUAUUUAUUCGAGGAGAAGGCAGUAUUUAGAUGCGAACCGAAGGAAGGCCAAACGUUUGACGAUAUCUUUGAACUGGCUGUGGAUGGAGGAGCUGAGGACGUCGUCCAGACAGAGGAGGAUAACGAGAUUGAGGUGCGUAGCGGAUAUAUGCUCUUUUAG